AAUAUUUUUAUGACCUGUUUACUUCUGCAUCUGAAGACACAGCAUGAACAUUUGUCCCUGCUCUCCAUGGGAAAAACUAAUGACAAAUUCUGGAGACAGGAAAUAAUCUCCAACACACCUCAUAUGGGUGAUGUACACACUGCUGUAAACUCUACCUAGGAAGAAAGGAAAUCACAUUUGCUCUUAUUGAUAUUCCAGGGAUUAGAGAUACUAUGGGCUGCUGUGUGCUGGUCUCUUCUCAGACUUAUGAAGAAUCAGCUAAUUGGAAGUUCCUCAGCUCAAAAUGAGCCUCAAGGUUCCAAAGGAGUUUCAGGUUCCAAUUAUUAGCAUGGAAGACUGAGUGGCAGCUCCUUUCUCCUGUGAAAACCUGGUGCAUCAAUAAUGGGACUUUUCCAAAAACCUCUGCAAAGCAGCAUUGUCACAGAGCAGGACUUCGUGAAUUGCUGAGUCUGAAAGAUUCUGAGCUCUACAGAAAUAGUUGGACGUGAUUUACCUGGAAAACAUGAUUUGUCACAGUAAACCAGGACAGCGUCUGGCAGUCCACUAUCCUGACAGUGAUCAGUACCAGAUUCUUCUGAAGAAGCUGCAAUAAAGCCUAAACAAAGACGUUCUCCAAGCCUCCGUUCUGAGUCUUCACUGGAGCAGAGUUUGCGAAUCACUGUUGGUAAUGACCGGUAUGGCAUUGACACACCAGAACGAAGGAGGAUGCCUGAUCGACAGGGUUCACCAACUGAUAAUCUGAGUGAUAUGGACAGGGAUGACAUGGCUGAUGGUCCAAUAUUUACCAGAGGCCCCUCAUGCCCUCGAGGCCUUGAGCGAUAUCCCUCUCAUGAAGAUCUUUCUUCCAGUCCUUACAUAACGAGACAUGAUGAGGACUACCGUAAUAGGGAUGUAUUCCUCCACCGGUCAGACUACAGUCCACAGUAUGGUCAUCGUGAAGAAUUGCCAAGGGGACCUGAUAGGGAUAGUGAUAAACUGAGGAAACCCUCUUACCCACCAAGACCAGAGGAAAGAGGGCGAGAAGCAAAGCGCCCUCGGUAUGACAAGGAUGAGAAAAUGCGUGGCAUGAGUGGAGAUCAUCAUGGUUUCACAUUGGGAACACGGAAUUAUCGCAGACGGAGCCGCAGUCGAAGUCAAAGCCCAUCAUAUCUGGGUGAAGAGUUCCGGGAGCUUGAUCGUGCAAGGAGGAAAAGAGAAGAGGAAGAAAGAAGCAGAAACUUGAACCAUGAUCUGUCUGGCAGUGGAUGUGUGAUCCCUGGUUUGACUAGCACACUGCAGUCUUCUGAGACUCGGUACUUAUACAGACCUGAUGAAGUGCCAUCCAUGCCCAAAAAAUCUAUCCUGAAGAAACGCGUGGAGGUGGAAAUGGAGUCUCCGGUGCAGAUUGAGGGCUUUCCAAGCAGCUCUCCAUCCAGCAAAGAUCUCCCACUUCUUUCAAGUCAUUCAUCUUUGUCUCAGACCAGCAGCAGCACUCCUUUUACCUCUGAGGUGGAGAAUUUUCUCAAGCGGUUUAACACAGACGCUGUGGAGUCAGCAAACAAGGAGUUACAUGAUGGUGCAUGUGAAUGGAGUUCACGUUCUGGGCUUCCCAGUGACAACUUUACAUUUCAAGAGAAGCUUGGGAACUUCUUAAGUCACAAGGAGAAGUUGGAACCAAAAUCGGACCCUGCAGACCGUCAUUCUGACUUCCUGCUCCCUCAUGAGAGGGCUAGUCAGGAUGGCAGUGGCUUCUCUUGCAUUCUGGGCAUGAUGGCUGAUUCUGCCAGUGCUCAAGAAAAGAGAAGGCGAAGCUUUCCUGACAUUGAGGAUGAAGAAAAAUUUCUUUAUGGUGAUGAUGAAGAAGACUCAAAAACUGAAUCUUCCUCUGUUCAAAAGCCUCCAGUGAGUUGUGGGAGUGAAGUUAAAAGCCGGAAAGCGAGUCCCUCUCCCUCUCCAGCUGUGAAGCUAGAUUCUGUGGAAGAGUCCAAUGCAGAAUAUGCAAAGAUUCAUGACUUGCUCAAAACCAUUGGGCUUGACAUUGGGGUGGCUGAAAUAGGUAAACUAGCUGUCCGCACACAGGAACGCCUCCAUGGCAAAAAGCUGGCGUCUCGUUCUCCUGAUCGUCGCUCUUCAGAUUCCCGUAGACUGGAAUCUUGGGAGACGCGCCGCAGCCGUAGCGACACUCGUUCUCCAGAGUCAAACCAGCAGCGCUCUGCAUCUCCUCCUGGCUCUUUCCAGCCAUCCAAAGAGAUACCCUCUCUCCUGAAAUCAGAGUACUCCAAAAGCAAAGCUGUGGGUGAGGAGAUACCUGCUUGCCCACCAAAACAGUCUGUUCCUACUGUGUCUCUAAUUCCUUCAGCGCCGCCUGCUCCUGCCAGUUUGCACCGUACCCCCACUUCUGUUUCCCAGUACCAAAUUCCCAACUAUCCACAAUUCACUGCAGCUCAGUUACCACAAAACUAUCAACCUGCAAGACUUACUCCUCACGGUUAUGAUGCCUAUGGGCAGUAUAUGGCUUAUGCAGCUUCUGGCUGGUCCAUAUACCCUCCUGCCCAGCAGCCUAACCCUGCACUGCCAGGGGCUCAUGGGCUUCUCGCAAUGGCAAUGCCAGCAAACCCCACACGUCCAAACCUGCGAGUUAUUGAGACCAUUUCUGUAGCCAAAACUAUACCUAAUCUCAUGCAAAUCCCCAUCACCACUACCACUUACUCCAAAAUGCCUCUUCGGCUUGCCACACGUCCACUCAAAAGUACAACGGAAAAGAUCUCUGAUGAAAAAAAUCGAGCAGCUCAAAAGCAGAAGGUCAUAGAAGAGAGAGAGAAACUGAAGAAUGAGAGAGAAGCAAGGCAGAAGAAGCUCUAUUAUCUCAAGACUGAAUUAGAUAGGCUACGUAAGCAACAAGGAGAGAUGCUGAGGAAGAAAAGGAGGGAGAAAGAUGGGCACAAAGACCCUUUACUGGCAGAGGUGAACCGGCUGCAAGAAAACAUUAUGAAGGAGAUUUCUGAGCUGCACAAGGAGUCUGAAGCAGCAGAAAAGAAGCAAUCUGAGCUUGACAAGGUAGCCCAGAUCCUGGGAAUAAACAUUUUUGAAAAACCUCGGAAACCAUCUGUGGAAAUUAAAGAGUCCAUUGAAAAAAACAGCAAGGCAGAGAAUGCAAAAGGUCUGGAGAAAACGCCCUUCUCCAAUAAGGAGUCAAAAACAACAAAUGAAAAGUCCAGAGGCAAAAGCCCGAAGCCUGCAGAAUCCUCUUCUCAGGCCAAGCAUCCUUUUCAGGUGGCCAAUAUUUAUGAAUAUUAUGAUGCAGGAAACCACUGGUGCAAAGACUGCAAUACCAUCUGCGGGACCAUGUUUGACUUUUUUACACAUAUGCACAAUAAGAAACACAGACAGACCCUGGAUCCUUACAACAGACCUUGGGCUUCGAAGACCCAGAGUGAGACCAAACAAGACUUCAUAAAACGCAUCGAUAAGAUAACAGUCCCUGCCAAAGGGUCUGAGUUUCUGAUUCCCGUCACUGGAUAUUAUUGCCAGCUCUGUCAUGAAUUUUUUGGAGAUCAAAUUUCAGGAGAGCAACAUGUGAAAAGUCAUCCCCACAAUGAGAAAUAUAAGAAAUAUGUAGAUGAGAAUCCACUCUAUGAAGAAAGGAGAAACUUGGACCGUCAGGCUGGGUUGGCUGUGGUCCUGGAAACAGAGCGCAGGCGGCAGAACGAGAUGAAACGGAAACUGGGAGAAAAGCAAAAAGAGGAAAAAGAUGAGAAGAAAGCCAAAGUAGCAAAAAAAGAGGAAACAAAGAGCACUCCAGAGCUGGGAGAAGGGGUUAGUGAAAUGACUAGUACUCCAGGCAAAAUGGAUAAUGCUGGACGGAAACUUGGUAUUAAGCUUAAACUAAAGAAGGAUGAGAAGAAGGAGGAGAAGAAGGAGGAGAAGAAGGACGAGAAGAAGGAGGAUUCUAAAAAGGAAUCGCCAACUCAAUCUUCCUUUGGAAAGUUCAGCUGGAAAAAGAAUGAGAGAGAGGAUAAAAAUCCAGGAACAACUGUCGCUCCUCCAAAAGAGGAGAGUGUUGAAGGAAGCAAAGAUAAAGAGGAGGCCAAGCCUCAAUCUGGGAAACCGCAUGCCAAGCCAAUUGAAAUUAAACUCUCUGGGAAGACUGUUAUACCACACACUAGCCCCUGGACACCAGUUGCUUCCACUUCAACACAAUCAAAAAUUCGACCCAAUCUGCCAGUUCCUACCAUGAUUUUCAGGAAGUCUGCGACUGCAACAGUAAGCAAGCCAGCACCUCUGAACACUUUUUUGUCUAUAAAAUCCUCCGGUGCCACCACCAAACCACUACCUGUGGUGAAAGAAUCUAAUGCAGAUGUUCUGCUUCCUCCAGAUAUAAUCUCAAAAGCAUUUGGGGGAGAGGAGGUGAUUUUGAAAGGGACACAGGAGGAUAUUAAAGUGCCAGAGAAAAAUGAAUCAUCUGAGAAACCACCCCCCCCUCCACCCUCACUUCCAUCCCCAGCUAAACAGACAGCAGUAAUCUCAGCGGAUGACGCAGCACCAGGGGUGUCUGAGUGUGACCAGGCCAUCUUGGCAAUGCUAGUGCUCCCCCCUCCUCCACCACCUUCUCCUGUUUUUAGUGAACAGGCUAAAAAAGUUGAGAAACGGAACUCUUGUCUGGCCACAGCUAAUGCUAAAGACCUCUAUGGUAUCUUCUACAGUAGUGGUGGAAAGAAUUCAUCUGAUAGCAAAUUGGCAAGUUCCCCAGUUCCAAAUGGAGAAAACUUAAAUAUAGAAAAAGCAGAGGGAAGCACAGAUAUGCCUGCAAACGCUGAACCAAGUGACAGUCCACCCUCCGAGAAAGAAACUUUCCAAAAUAUAGCUUCUUACACAGAUGUCCACUUAGAUGAGGGGGUCUCAGAACCUGAGAAAGUAGAAGUCCAGGAGACUUCAACUCCCUCUACAGAAAAGAGCACCGAAAUCCCAAACCGGGCUGAGGGCCAGGUGAUCUGUGAAUCUCAAAAUGUUCUUGCAUCUGACUUUCAAUCUGAAUCCAAAGAAGAAGCAAUCACACAGUCUAAAGAUCAGACAGCAGGUGCUUCAGUUCAUUUGGAGAAUGAGGUAGAAAUGGAAACUAUUGAUCAGACAGAAAUUAGCAAAAAACCACCAGAGCCUCAGAAACUAGAAAUGUCAGUCACACAAUUGCCAGAGGCUACAACUGUCACCCAUAUCCAGAAAUCUAUAGAAAUGAGAGGUAUGGAUGGAACAAGUGAAGAACAAGAGGUCUGCCAGGAAUUCCAAGAUCCACAAAUAGUUGAGGUCCAAGAGAAAACAGAAGAGGAGAAGAGGGUCAGCUCCGUGGACACCAAAGUAGAUGUAUUUAAUACCUCUGAAAAAGAUGCAGAGAUGGACAAUUCAGAAUUAAUAGGAGCUCAAUUUGAACUUUGUGUUGAACAUCCAGGGAAUCAGUUACCUGAAAGACACAAUGAAAUCCACACGUUGGGAGAUCCCACUUUAACGGAAGAAAAUAGAAGUGAUGACAUUUGUAACACUAAUAAAGAAAUUGACUCAGAGUUGCCGUAUGUUCAAAGUGAAUUGGCUCCUGAACCACUAAGUACAUCUGAUAAAGUCAGUGAGGAAAACGUUUCAGUAGUGAUAAAUACAGAACAUGAUACAUCCUUAAGAAGUGUAAAACUAGAGAAUGUAGACUUGGAAAGGUCUCAGUCAGCAGUCAUUGAUGAAGCCCCUGAGACUUCAGAGGUCCAAAAUAGGGUUUCAGAAUUGACAGCAAAAUGCCCAGGUGAAUUGGACUUCUCCCAAACUAGUAAUAAAAAAGAACAGGACACUGUAGUCAGUUCUCAGUCAGAAAGUAGUCAAGAAUUACCAUAUACUCAAACAGUAGAUAAUCAGGAAAUAAACAAUGAUUCUAAUGAAGUCAGUAUGUGUCUCACUAAUGUAGAAAUGAAAAGUAGCAUAUUAGUGGUACAAGAAGAGAUCAGGCAUGAAUGUUCAAGCUGUGCAACAUUGGACAGCCACCAGCAGGAGCAGGGAGUCACAGAGCUAGUCAGCACCUGUGCUGCAAAUACUGUUGAAUCCAGUUCCAGCCUAGAAUUAAUGUAUGAUAUUGAAAAUAAUACAUUGAGAGGCCCUGAAUCAGAUAUAAAGUUAGGGAAUUUUACUGCAGAGAAAGAUUCAUUAGAAAUAGGAGGUGUUGACUUUUCUAGCACUCCGUCUGAUAUGAUUCAAGGGCCACUAGAUGCUCUACCAUCAGACUUCAGUGUGGAUCGUCUUGGAGGAGAGACCCUCACCCACACAGAAAUAAACCAAGAGGUCUUAGCUACUUCAGCAGCUAGUGAUUUUGAUCUUAACACCACUUACCCAGAAUUUAGCUUUGAACAGUCAGAAACUCUCACGCUAAAUUUUAAUGAGGAAAACGAAAAAGAUUCCUUAAAGCCAGAAGAUGAGAAACCUAGUGACACGCCCAUCCUGAAAGCAGAGUUGGAGUUAGAAAGCAUUGAUUUCAGUUUGGGGGACAUUGAAGUGGAACGUGAACACCUCGGUAUUCUAACUGCAGGAAUUCUAAAUGAGGAUACUGAAGAUCUCCCAAAAUUAGAAACCAUUGCAUCCAUUGGGCUGGAGCCUAGCAAAACCAGUGAGUUAAGCAUUGAACAGUCAGUGGAUGAACCAGAAAUUAUUGAUUUUGUUGCAUUAACUUCUGGUGAUCAGGAAGAUAAAUUUUGUACACUGAUCUCUGAAACAGCUGUCCCACACAUUGAGUCACGGUCAUCAAAUAGUGACACUACAGAAGUGGGCAUGCCAGUGUUAGAAAUACAGGGCAUUCCUCCAAUCUCUGAGAUUCUUCUGCAAGUGGAAGAGAGCAAAGAUAGCACGGCAGACAUUACUGAAAUGCCAUCAUUGAGCUGUGAUGGAGAUAAUGUGGAAAACCAGGCUUCUGGAUGCAUUGAAACUGUCCUCCCAGAGCUCAUGGAAACACCUGCAAAUGAGGAUGGCUCAGAGGACAGUGGAUUGAGCAUUGCCCAGAGCAAGACAAAAACUGACAGUAGUUUGGAAACUAAUAAGCUGGCUUCAGUAACGACUGAAAGCUCAGUAGAGAGCCCAGUGGGUUGAAAUGGACCCAGCCAGUCUCAAUAUUUGAGGAGCCAGUGCUGGGAUUUUAUGUAUAUUCUUUGUUUCAGUUUAACAUGGGAAUAUUUUGCAUCCUGCAGUAGAUAUUGACUAACGCUUACACUUGUUUUACCAAAAACCAGACACACAUUUUAUUCUGUACAUAUUGGAUUGUGUAAAAUGUUUUUCUUGUGAAAUUUCACCAGUUUAUUUUCUGUACUUGGCAAUUAAAAUGGAAUCUCUGAAUGUGUGAUUUGGUUGGUUUUGUUUGUUUUUGUCUUUUUAUUCUUUACUACUUUUUGAUGGUUUCCAGUUCACACAUUUCCAUCAGUAACAUUCCAUGACUAGCCUGUGAGACAAGCUCAAGAAAACCUAUUCAGAACUUAAGGAAACAGAGAUUCUUACAGAAGAUUUAAAACUAAAAGUUCAUUUCAAAUGUAAUGCAUGAUUUUGAUUGCUUCCAUUGUUUGAAAUGCAGAAAGUGUGAAUAGAAUUGACUUUGUUUCAUGUCCUGUGGUUUAUAAUUACUGUUGUAUUACACCUGUACUUAAAUGGACUCAUACUGUAGUGUAUAAACACAUGUGGAUACCACCUCACUAAGCAAGGGAGAAAAUCUGUCAACUCACUUUUGAAGAAGACAACUAAUCGGUAAGGCUCUGUGGCCGAACACCUGGACCAGACAAUUGAGGUCACUUACAUGAUUUGAAAUGGCCUUUCUUUCAUUGUAUUGUGAUCCAGUAACUGUUUGUGUUAAAUCAUUUAGCAGCUGCCUACUCUGAAGAACCAGAAGAUCUGAACCCUGGUCUCAGGAAUUGGACUCGCUCGGUGUGCCACAGACGCAUACAUGCCCACCCUGAAUGAUCCCUGAGUCAUUAAACCUGUAGUGUGAUGGUUUUCAUUUGUACAGUUUGUCAAAAAUUAAAGUGUUAAAAUGUUUGCUUGCAUAAAUCUAACACUUUUAUUUGUUAAAUCAUUUAAAAUAAACUUAUGGUGAUCAAAAACA